GGAUUGCUCUGAUAUCGUUUUAAAAAAAGUAUUUAUAUCUAAAGUAGUUCAACAGUAAUAUCAUGCUUACUGCGAUGCAGGUGACAAACGUUCACUCAUUAUAUAUAAUGUUACCUUAUAUGGUAAAAUUUAUGUGGAGCGUGAAAGUUGACAAGCGUUGGAGAAUAUGGAAAGAAAAGCGGUUGAGCAUAAGCAAGAAGAAAAAGAAUACUCCAUUUCAGUCAAAGAAGAUGAUGAGAUUCUUAAGAAGAAAAUUUCUUGCCAUUCUUUGUAUGGCCUCUUGCUUGACUCUCACUUGGACUGCUUAAAGAUGUGUUUAGGUAAUGAAGAAAUUCGUUGCGUUGACACAAAGGAAGGUGCUAGCCACUCGUGCAGCUCGGCCGAUCAACUGGAGUUGGACCAGUUUAUGGAAGCAUAUUGCAAUACUCUGAAGAAGCUAAAAGAAGCAAUGGAAGAACCUCAAAAGGAAUCAAUGGAGUUCGUCAAUUAUAUGCAUUCUCAACUCAAGGAGCUCACUGAUCACAAAUCUGCUAGAGACAUCCCAGAAGUUGGUUGACGUUUAAUAAUUUGGCGAUGGAUACCUUGUACUAGAUGCCGUUGAUGUGUUUGGCGUGUUUAGUACUGAACAAUAUUAAAUAAGAAAUAAAAUUUAUUUCGCUCA